AUGAGAGAGGCCAACGAGGUGAUUAGAAGCGCGCUCAUCAGCGCCAGUUCAGCCCAGGAUGCACGGGCCGAGAGCUCCCUGAGCGAGAUCGAAUCAGCAAGCGCCAGCAGUAGGACCGCUAUCGCCUUGUGCCGGUCGCUGCGUGUGGCGGAUUCGGAACAAGCUGCAGCGGCAGCGAGGGAGAAGGCGAUGAUUGAGGCGCUUUCCGCUGCCAACGCUGCAGGCGUGUUUGUGAAGAGGGGUGGUCGGGAAGGAGUGGGCGGUGGAGGAGCGACGCUGGUUGAAGAGGUGGACAGGAUACUGCUUGAAGAGGUCGACAGUGUACUGCUUGACAACGCCGCGGCUGUGAAUGGGAGGGAUGGUGAUGGUGAUGGCACUAGGUGUGAUGCGGUCGUUAAUGCUGCAAAUGGCUAA